AAUUGCCACUACAAUUUGUCAAGUUAUGAGCGAACCUGCCUCGGCAGCUUUGGUCAAAUCAGCACACAUGCGUAUAUGAUUAGACGGCCUGACCGACAGCCAGUCUUCCGAGAGCUAUCGUAUCACGACCACGCCAGUAUCACCCCAAAUGUCUAGCAACCUUAAAGAUCAAAUCCUAUGAAAUGAGCUGUCACAUAUGUUCCCGCGCUCCAACUGUGAAUCUAAGGUGUAUUUGUCCUACCUGUGCUCGCAGUCGACUCUACCAGCUACGGAUCGACAAUGCCGGGCUAUUGCUUGAGGAAGAGACUAUAAAGCAACAAAUCGAGGCUGCAGUGUCGCCAAACAAGCCUAACAAAGGAUUGUCAGAUUAUAAGAACCGUUUGCCCGUAUACGAUGAUGACGUGUCUUCAGCCUGGGUUUCACGGAGGAUUGUUAGUGAAGGAUUUGGAUCAACUGCCAAAACAACAGUUCUUAGAAGUCACAUCGAAGGACUAGCGACUGAGAUCAGGGGAAAAAGGCUUGAAAUUUCUCAACGCAGGGUAUCAUUAGCGCAGAGGCAGUCGGACUCGGAAUCCGCGAAGUAUCAGUUAUUGGAGCGAGAAACAGCAAUCCUGGCAGGCAUCCGGAACAAUAUCAAGAGGACUGACCAUCUCUGGCACUCUCUUCAUAGCAAGACCACAGAAGCACGGAUAUUUCUCUGCCGAGAAGCAGCCAAUCUCUACGAGUUACGGCAGAGACUGAAGAUAAUUGAUGGUGUAAUGCAAGAGACCUAUACAAUCGGUGGUAUGCACCUGGUUGAUCUCAGGAAUAUGAAUGGCGCUCCGCCGGCCCAUAUUUCGACAUCGCUUUCAUAUAUCGCCCGCCUACUCGUCCUCGUUUCCCAUUAUCUAUCCAUCAGGCUCCCAGCAGAAAUCACACUACCUCAUCGGAAUUUUCCUUUGCCAACUAUCUUUGCGCCCUCUGCAUCUUAUCAAACAAGGGAUAUAGGCUCGAAGCUGGCUUCCUCGCAGCAAUCAACAUCUACUCCAUUCGAACCCAAACUGCCUGACUCACAUCGUCUCUCUCGGCCAAGGCCUUUGUGUAUUGACAAAAGUCUCCCUAGGUUAGCGAAGGAGGAGCCUGGCACGUACGCCCUUUUUCUCGAAGGAGCGACAUUGUUGGCUUGGGAUGUUGCUUGGCUGUGCCGCACUCAGGGGCUCAACCCAGCGUCAGACUCGUGGGAGGAAAUCUGCGACAUGGGAAAAAACCUAUGGCAUUUGCUUGUGGCAAUUCCUGCGCAGCCAUCAACCCUGACGAGGGCGUUUGCUGGGCGAGAUAUUCACGUAACGAUGAAGACGUCUAGAGACCCACCCAAGACUAGUAUCCAUCGAACCGUGUCAUUUCCCAUGUUGGGACAUUAUUCGCACGGCACGGCGCAUUCAUUUCUGCUUGCUGCCGAAGGUGCAGAAUUUAUGCGCACUUGGAGGCUUCCAUCUCCAGCCAGAGUAGUAGACAAGCUGAAGUCAGCAUUGAUGGGAGAAUUGGCGAGCGCAGAAUGGGAGUUACUCGAAAGGCGCGAAUGGGAUGACAUGACUCAUGACCAAAGCCAGUCUGCUUCUCACUUCUCUUCAGAUGCUAUCUCGGAACUACGUUGUCCGGAAAUCUCGAGCGGUCCCAGCAAUUCUUCGCGUUCGAAAGGUGUAAGUGGCUGGACCAAAUUGAGAAACAGAUAGUACAAGUAAUCAAUUUUCAAACUCCAUCGCGUUCUGUGC